AGGCGGUGAUAGCGUAGAUCAAUCAUGGCUCGUUCGUGGUAGUAAGUCGACGCAGAGCGUAGGUAUCUCCCUCUUUUCCAAGAGAGACACAGGGGUUUCAGUUUAAGUAAGUAGUUGAGUGUCGCAUGUCGUCGAGCCCCGACCGUCGCCGGGGUACGUUCUAUUCCCUGUUAGGGCCCUUUGUAGGCAAAGUCGGCGGACACACGUAUCCCUUCGUAGGAAAGACUGUUGCUUCUAGUGAUGCUGGUGGCAGCGUGAAUGAGUGAAUAGUUAAGUAGAGAUGGAGUUACCACUCAGGAUGCCAUUAUAAAGAAGGCAAUAUGAUAACUCCGAUGUCAAUUUAGUCCCGACACAUUACGAUAUCAUGGAUCAUGACACGAAAAAGAAUAGAGAUAUUAGAUUUGAAAAACGUAUCUGUGAAUUUAGAAAAAUAGUGUGAAGUUGACCUCCCUUGGAUCUCCUCUGCUUUAUCGUGAACAUCGGCCUCAAACAUCGCUGCUUAAAUCGUUUUCCGAUGUGUCACAGUGCCGUUGUUGUGUAGCCUUGAUGUAGUUGUCUAGAUCAUGCCACAGAGUCGAAACAUGGCAUUUCCAGUUCCGACAGGCGGCGUGGUGACGACACCUGGUCGCACGAUGGUGCCAUUUGCGCCUGCGCCAAGGAAGCGGGAUGUGUGGGAGAUGGACUUCUUACCAGCACCACACCAGGUCGUGGAACAGCCGCCGUCGCCCGCGUUUAAGAAGCUGAAAGUCUCGACACCUCUGGACCAGUACAACUACCCUCGAUACGGAUAUUCCGCAAGCAAGGGACCGUCCAAAGACAACUUUCCGGGGAGCACGACGUCUUCUUUUGACAGUGCGGAUGAGAGCGGAAGUGUGCAGCGGGAAAUAAACGGAGCCUCCCCACCGGGUUCUAAUAACGUACACGGUUUCUCGACUUCGAGCAGCAUUUUUAGACAAGGUGCAACAAAUGCGAUGCGGCACGACCAUGUGGGCAACGGUGCAUCGGGAUCUUCAGCUGGUAGCAGUUUCCUGACCCCGAAGCGACUAGCACAAACGGGAUUGCAGGACAGUAAGAGCGCGUCUGGCGGCGCAGGAGGAAACGCUCUAUUUCCGAGCAAUAGUCCCGCAGAAGCAUCGCAGAAUCUGGCGGCACUUCCGGCAUCACCGCCCGACAUGGAGGUGACGAACUCAGCAGCCGACGCGUCCUACGGCCGACCACGGAUGCUCACAGGCUAUCAGCCGGCGAGAAGCCUCGUUCCGCCACCACCACCGACACAUUUGGGUUACGAGCCACCGAGCAGCCAGGAGUCCGACAUGAUGCUAGUCGAUCAAUCGUAUCCAGCGGGCGCGCGAAUGGCUACACCUUCUAGACCUGUGGAGCAGGAGCAGAGGGAGCGCCUUCGACAGCAAUACCUGUCAGAAUUACAGAAGUACAGGUAUCAAAUGGCGACGCACACGCAUGGGCUACAGUUCUAUCGAUGCGGGUAAAAGAUCGUGGAAGCUCGAAUCAGCGUCAGCGUAGAACAUAGUUACUGACUGUCGUCACCAAAUCAUAGUGUGAAUCUAAAAAUACACAACGUUAGGCACAUAGUCAUAAUCACUAAGACGCACUAUAUGUAAUUCGUUGGAAGUCAGGAAAGAAGUAGUAACGCACCAACAUCGCAUCCUGUCCAUAGUGCUUAAGUAGCUUAUCUGAUCCAUGUGUUUGUGUUUGAGUGGUGUACAAGUAGAUCUUGCAGCGUGCAUGAAAGUGGCAGUCUCAAACCUCGCCCAUAGCACAAUCUUACGUCACAUAGUCCCCAGAACUUGAAAGAAUCCAGACUACCCGAUUAGCUCUUCGUGCGUGACCUUGCUUACCUCUUCCCAUGCUCCUCAUCACACGCCCUGCCGCCCACCUUGCAGACGAAAAUCAAUUUUUAAUUAAGAUGACAGAACGGGCUUCUUGUUAUAUUAUGACCAAAAAUUCAAG